AUGUCAGCCUCCAGCUCGAAGAAAACCGAGGAGUCAGAACCUGUUCUUUUCACCUAUGGUGAAGAAGAAGAUUAUGAAGUGGUGGAGCCCAGUGAAAACCUCGAUGGAAUCAGGCGGAUUCGAGCUUUCUUCAAUAAUCCUGAAAGUGAACGAACUCUCCUCAACAUCAUCCAGCGCCAGGCUGCGAUCUGUGAGAAUAUCCGAGCUGACAGCGACAACGUCAAUGAUACCAUCUUCUGUGAGCUCUACCAAGACGACCCUUCGCUUGACAACAAAGACUUGUUCCACCUCUUUUGGAAGGACUACGUCCCUGGAAUGAAAAUGGCUCCAAACUUUGCCGCUAAAAAGAAGCUUGUGCUCGCUUGCGUAGCUGCCGGCAAGGCUUGGGAUGAUUCUAUGAAACAUUCUCCCUCGGACCUCCGUGAAGUGAUGUCGUCCUCACUUUACGCAGAUCCCCCCAUGAACGAAGCAAGUGAGUCUAUGGAAGAAAUGUCUCUUGAUUCCGGCCAUACAGUGGACCCUAAGUCUUCCCUGGGCAAACAACUCAAAGUUUACCGCCAGGCCCUGGUUAACUAUUAUCUUUCGGAUGGCAACAAAACUGGCAUCUCAACUAAAGACACUGACAAGUCCCGCAAUGUUCGCUUCCUGCGCGACACCACUGAGAAUAUCAUCAGCUUCGCUCAACAUUAUGAUGGCUACGUUGAUUCGAAUCUUCUUGAGGAGAUUCAAAACGUUUACACAACCAGUGUGAUUCAUGAUCGACACCUUUCCAAGGGCCACGUGCGCCGCUUCGACCCUCCUACCGUCUCCAAGCCUAGUUUCAAUGCCCAGGGAGGCCGCGGCUCCACAUCCCGUCAGCGAACUGCAAAGGACAGACUCCGUCCGGCUGCACCCCGUGCCCUCCGCGAGUCUGCUCGUCAGUCACGUGGAAAGCAGCGAGAAGACAGCCCUAAAGCUAAUUAUGGGUAUCGUGAAAACUACGAACGCCACACCUACGAGGAAGAUGGUCUCCAUGACUCUCGUGAAUCUCGCGACGAAGAGUAUCACCACAGUGAUCGUCGUGAAAGCGAUCGUCGUGAAAGCGAUCGUCGUGAGCGCAUUGAACGUGAGCGACGCUCCUACCGCGAGCGCGAGGCGUACGAAGACGAGGACGAGAACCCUGUCUGGAGAAGCAGCGGUGGUGCAAUGCUGCCCAUGGAAGAGCGCUACCGCGAUUCUCGCGACUCACCGCGCAAGCGACGUGACAUGGGGGGCUCAUAUGACGCCUCUCGUCAUUAA